UUUUUUUUUCUUUUUAAAAUUUUGGGCACUGUUCUCCGUACGAGGGCUUUUUCUGUCUGUCUGUCCGGCGGGCUGGCUUGGCCCCUCUUUCCCACGGAGCCCGCGCCGGGCGCCCGGUGGAGAGUGGGGAGUGGGUGGGGGCAGCCAGCAGAGUUCCAUUUUGGAACGCCCGUGCCGCGUCUCCGCGUUCCCAGCCCGGGUCCCCGCGUUCCCAGCCCCGGCGCAGGUCUUGACGCACUGACUGGCCGCGGAGUCAAAGUGUAAAAAGAUUCCCAGGAUGUAAGCGAUACGGGACUGGUGAGUGACGAUGUGUCAAGGCGCAGGUCGGGCCUCGGUUGGAUGUCAAGAAGGGAAAGAUGAAUGGGAGGAGCAGGGGCCGCUCUGAAACUGUUUCUGUCCAGAUGCACCUGGAAACGGCACAGUGCAGAGAAUCCAGAUACGAUGCUGUCUCUUGUGUUUAAUGGUUGGAGCAGUUACAAUUUUCUGUGCUGAGAUCAUUCUGGAAACUCAAACACUAGACUUCAGCAUUGAAGGGAAGCCAAAGUCACUGGAGGGGGAAUAAAGCCAAGAGCCUUUCUUUGACCUUAUUUGUUCCAAAAAUUUCAUAGCCCCUUCCCUACGUGCUCCACCCCCCAUCCCCGCCCCAAAAUAAGCCAUCGCACACAGACGGGCAGCAUGGCGAGCAAACGAAAAUCUACAACCCCGUGCAUGGUGCGGACAUCCCAGGUACUAGAACAAGAUGUGCCUGAGGAAGGAGACAAGGCCAAAGAGAAAGGGAUCGGCACGCCACAGCCUGAAAUGGCCAAGGAUAGUUGGGCAGCAGAACCUGAAAACUCUUCCAAAGAAAAUGAAGUGAUAGAGGUGAAAUCGACAGGGGAGAACCCAUCCAAAAAGCUCCAAGGCGGUUAUGAGUGCAAAUACUGCCCCUACUCCACGCAAAACCUGAACGAGUUCACGGAGCACGUGGACAUGCAGCACCCCAACGUGAUUCUCAACCCCCUCUACGUGUGUGCCGAAUGCAAUUUCACAACCAAAAAGUACGACUCCUUGUCUGACCACAACUCCAAGUUCCAUCCAGGGGAGACCAACUUUAAGCUGAAGUUAAUCAAACGCAAUAAUCAAACUGUCCUGGAACAAUCCAUCGAAGCCACCAACCACAUUGUGUCCAUCCCCACCAGUGGCCCUGGAAGCAAUGACAAUGACCCUGGGAUCUCGGUGAGUAAAACCCCCAUCAUGAAGCCAGGGAAACCGAAAGUUGAUGCCAAGAAGGUGCCCAAGAAGCCUGAGGAGGCAACCCCUGAGAACCACAUGGAAGGGACUGCCCGCCUGGUGACAGACGCAGCUGAGAUCCUCUCGCGACUCGGAGGCGUGGAGCUGCUCCAGGAGCUAGGGCACGUCAUGCCUUCCGUCCAGCUCCCGCCAAAUAUCAACCUUGUCCCCAAAGUCCCCGUCCCACUGAAUACUACCAAAUACAACUCUGCCCUGGACACAAAUGCCACCAUGAUCAACUCCUUCAACAAGUUCCCCUACCCGACCCAGGCGGAGCUGUCCUGGCUGACGGCUGCGUCCAAACACCCGGAAGAGCACAUCAGAAUCUGGUUUGCCACCCAGCGCUUAAAGCACGGCAUCAGCUGGUCCCCAGAGGAAGUAGAGGAGGCCCGGAAGAAGAUGUUUAAUGGCACCAUCCAGACAGUCCCCCCAACAAUCACUGUGCUGCCCACCCAGCUGGCCCCCACCAAGAUGCCACAGCCCAUCCUGCAGACAGCUGUGCCAUGCCAGAUCCUCGGCCAGACCAGCCUGGUGCUGACGCAGGUGACCAGUGGGUCAACAACCGUCUCUUGCUCCCCCAUCACGCUUGCUGUGGCCGGAGUGACCAACCACGGCCAGAAGAGACCCUUGGUGACUCCGCAAGCUGCCCCUGAGCCCAAGCGUCCACACGUCGUGCCCGCGCCCGUGCCCGUGCCUGUGUCUGUGCCUGUGCCCGAGCCCCCACCCAGGGUGCCCAAUCCUGUGCCAACCCCAGCCAGCGACCGCAAGAAGACAAAGGAGCAGAUAGCCCAUCUCAAGGCAAGCUUUCUCCAGAGCCAGUUCCCAGAUGAUGCUGAGGUCUACCGGCUCAUCGAGGUGACCGGCCUUGCCAGGAGUGAGAUCAAGAAGUGGUUCAGUGACCACCGGUAUCGAUGUCAAAGGGGCAUCGUCCACAUCACCAGCGAAUCCCUUGCCAAAGACCAGCUGGCCAUCGCGGCCUCCCGACAUGGCCGCACGUAUCAUGCCUACCCAGACUUUGCCCCGCAGAAGUUCAAAGAGAAAACACAGGGUCAGGUGAAAAUCCUGGAAGACAGCUUUUUGAAAAGUUCUUUUCCGACCCAAGCAGAACUGGAUCGGCUAAGGGUGGAGACCAAGCUGAGCAGGAGGGAAAUCGACUCCUGGUUCUCCGAGAGGAGGAAGCUUCGGGACAGCAUGGAACAAGCCGUCUUGGAUUCCAUGGGGUCUGGGAAAAAAGGCCAGGAGGUGCUGGCCCCCAACGGUGCUCUGUCUCGCCUUGACCGGCUCUCUGGUGCCCAGUUGGUCAGUUCUCUGCCCAGCCCUUCACCAGCAAUUACAAAAAGUCAAGAACAGGUCCAUCUCCUGAGGAGCACGUUUGCAAGAACCCAGUGGCCUACACCCCAAGAAUAUGACCAGUUAGCGGCAAAGACCGGCCUGGUCCGAACUGAAAUUGUGCGUUGGUUCAAGGAGAACAGAUGCUUGCUGAAAACUGGGACUCUGAAGUGGCUGGAGCAGUACCAGCAGCAGCACAUAGCGGAGGACCACGGCUAUGACGCCCUGUCAAGGAAAACAGCUAAGGCUGUCAUCACUGAGAGCCCAAAGAACGGGAAUGAGGCGGGGCCGCAAUACCACAAGGACCCCAAAAAGCUCUGCGAAGAGGACUUGGGGAAGCUGGUGCCCAGGGUGAAAGUGGGCAGCGAGCCAGCAAAAGACGGUUUGGCAGCAAAGCCCUCAGAGGCCACCUCGGACAGGUCAGAGGGCAACAGCCGGGAUGGCCAGGGCAGCGACGAGAACGAGGAGUCGGGAGUCGUGGAUUGGGUGGAGGUGACAGUUGGAGAGGAGGAUGCCAUCUCUGACCGGUCGGACAGCUGGAGUCAGGCCGCCCCUGAAGGCGCCACGGAGCCGGCCGACUCGGACUCCGACAGUGUCCCCGCGGAGGCUGGCCAGGCCUAGACAGAAAGACAGUCAGAACGGCUGUGCUGGUGAAGGGGACGUUCCGUCUUUGAAGAAAGAAGAGAACUUCCCUGCCAGGCCUGCGGUGGACCACCUGGCCGGAGACUCCAAGCGGAACUACUUAGCUGGCCUGUCUCUGCGGAGCACAGGAACCCAGCAACUUUCACAGGCGCCUCCCAGAGGACGGGUGGGAAUUGUUCGUUGUGCCAAAGUCCUACUACUGCGUUUUCAAUGGUUCCUUGUAAAUAGUUUGCUCCUCUGCCCUGUCCCCCACCUCUCGCGCUACUGGAACCAAUUUGUACCAUGUGGGGAUUUUGCUACCUUUUUAAUCGAGCGCGAUUUCCAUCCCCAGCACUACCACCGGAAGGUUUUUUCCAGGAGGGAGGGCUGAUCAUGCGUGCUUUUCUCUUUCUUCCUUUUCUCUUUUUAUUUUUAUUUUAUUGAUUUUGGGGUGGGAGUAAUGUUAGCAUUAGUGCCAUUGUAUCUACUGGAUUUUAGGUAGGGAGAGUUCAUUUUUUUAAAGGCAGUUUGAAAUGUAGGCGAUUUCUCGGGGAGAAGUUGUCGGUCUCGACCUGGAGAGAGUUUACAGAUGGCAGAUCUUCCAAAUCAAAUCCCUUUCCACUUCUUCCCCCAGCCGCCUUUGGAGUUCCUGUGUAGCCACGCACAGGGCUUCCCGAAUAGCCUCCUGCAGGUUCCUCAGUGGCCUGGCCGCUCAGUAGACCUGGGGCCCAGCUGGCGCUGGGAGACCUGGGGGGCGGGGGGCUGCCCUUUUUAAGCUCCUUUUUAGGUAUCCACAGAAAGGGCUCUCACGUUUAUUAGCAUUAUCUUUACAUUUAUGAAAUUAAUACAAAAAGAGAUCUUCCUAUCUAGAUGGUACAAAGAUGAACCGCUUUGGUUUUCAUUUCUGUUCCUAACUGGCUUUUUUCAGUGUGUUUUUUGACAAGAUUUCAGCUUGAAGCUUCACCAUGAACUGAUUUUUUUCAUUGUUGUUGGCGUGUUUGUUUUGGGCCAAUUUUAGAUUCCUGAGUGCACUUUUUUCUCCCAUUAGUCCUAACUUUUAAAGAAGAAAAACCAAGAGUCAUAUCCAGUAUAAAUGUUGCAAUAUGAACUCUGUUUGCAACCCAACCCCCCAAUUUGAGUACACUGCACAAAUAAAAUGCUAGGGAGUUUGGAAAGAAACAAUUUUUCUAACUUGUUGCUCAUUUGUUGUAACUCAAUAAA